AUGCCGCGCGCGGCUCGCCUCCUCAUCUUCCUUGUGCUCGUAUACGCUUUCUGCUGGAUCAAGGGCUGGCCUGCGUACUACGACGACGAGGAGCUGCCCCCAAGCCAACGGCCAAAAUCGACAACAGCUCUUGGUGGACACCGCGUUACUGUCGACCACCUCGUCGUUACUGUCACUACUGCCGCGACCGAUGCGUUUACGAAACUUACGCCAGCGUUGCUGUACCUCGAUAAGGCCUAUCACAAGGAGCUGUUGCUGAUGGGAGACCUGAUGAUGGACAUCGGCCCGUUUCCAGUGUUCGAUGUCCUGGCGAAGUACCCUAUGAAGUACGUUGCUCAGAACGAUGAGCUGAAAAGGUACAAGCGACAGCUGGAGUAUGCGCGGAAGGGCAUACCGCUGAGCAACCUGCAGGAGAAGGAUCCAAAGAAAGAGCAGGAAGUCUUGAGAGCGCUGGCCAAAUAUAAGAUACUUAGGGCAAUGGAGAGCACAUGGGAAUAUCGACCGAAGCGGGACUGGUACGUCUUCACGGAUGAAGAGACGUUCAUAGAUCGCGGGAACCUGCUGGACUGGCUGAGCCAAUAUGACCCAAAGCUGAAACUUUUCUUUGGCAAUCCCCCCAUCGCCGAUGUGCCCGAUGCUUUUGCGGCAGGUGGUACGUCUUUUAUCGUUUCGGGCCAGACAAUGCGACUCUUAUUUGAAGACCGGAAGACCAUGAUGCAGAACUGGAAGAACUGGGACCCUAAGAUUCGGGACUAUCCCUCGGCGAUUCACCUGGUUGAGAGCUUCCUCAAGACCGAGCUCAGUCUGGAGAUGGUUAGAUUUUGGCCUGGUGUAUCUGGCUUCAAUCCAGCCACCAUCUCCUACACGCCAGGAAUUUGGUGCGAACCAGUUCUCAUGAUGCAUCAUAUCUCCGCCGGCAUUGGGAGUGACCUGUAUAAAUUUGAGAAAGAGCGAGUAGAAGACCACAAGAUCGAUAGUACGUUGCGAUACGCAGACUUGUGGUACCGAUUCAUGGGUCCUGAAGAUCUCAAUCAGACUCGCCAUGACUGGGACAAUCUGUCUGCUGAAUCCACGAACAACAGAUGGAACAUUCUGUUUGAAAAGGAGGGCGAGUCGGACGCCAACCGCGCUACAAGAGCAGAAGGCUCGUGGGAGGCAUGUAAAAAGUCGUGCGACAGCAACAAGUAUUGCCUGCAGUGGUCGUAUUCGUCGAUGGCGGCACCCAACUGGAACGAGAACGGCUUCACGAAGUGCCAUUUGAGUAGCAGUAUGCGCUUCGGUGCGCACACUGAGCCAGAAGCGGUCGAAGUCAAUGGCGAGAACAAGCCCCGGACCUGGACGAGUGGAUGGAGGAAAGACCACUUCAAGCGUUGGGCGAACCAGCAGCGGUGCAAGAACCAGCAACAUUAA